UCAGGUGCCCCACCACGCUGCCACCAAUGAACUGUCAUCCAUUCCAGUGAGCCUAUACUCGCUCAUCGAUGAUUUCAUGGAGAUGUGAUUAUUUUACAAUCGCGAAAAGAGUGUUCGGUGUGUUUUCGCCGAGGUUUCCGGAGAGAAUCGACAAACCGAUUGAUUGAUUAUAGCUCCUGGAUAGACGGAAACUCGCGCGACAUAUCGGUGCUACGUCGUCGAAGGCGUAAACAGAAAAGUGCGCAGCUGUUCCUUCAAUUAAAUAUACUUUGUUUUUGUAUCAAGAUAUCAGUAUGCCCAUUUUAUACAGUGUCGUGGCCCGCGGGACUGUCAUAUUGGCAAAACAUGCUGCAUGCGUCGGAAAUUUUGAAGAGGUCACAGCGAAAAUCUUGGCAAAAAUACCACCGGACAAUGACAAACUCACAUACUCGCAAGGGCCUUAUCUCUUUCACUACAUCUGCGAGGAUCGCCUUAUUUACAUGUGCAUUACCGACGAUGAUUUUCAAAGAUCCAGGGCAUUUUUGUAUCUCAAUGAAAUUAAGAGAAGAUUCUUGGCUGUUUAUGGACCAGGUGCUCAAACUGCCGUAGCUUAUGCCAUGAACACAGAAUUCGGCCAUGUUUUGGCCAAUGAAAUGAAGCAUUAUAGCGAAUCCAAAGAUCUUGAUAGAUUAUCGCAGGUUCAUGGCGAAUUAGAUGAGCUUAAGGAUAUUAUGGUAAAAAAUAUUGACAAUAUAGCGAUGCGUGGCGAACGGUUGGAACUGCUUGUAAACAAAACGGAAAAUUUGUCUGCCAAUUCUGUGACGUUCAGGAAGACAAGUAGAAACCUAGCACGCUCCUUAUUUUGGAAGAAUGUCAAAAUCUAUGUUAUUGUCGGCGCAAUUUUAAUUGUUGUAAUAUACGUGAUUGUUUCUAUAACAUGCGGAGGCUUGGCUUGGCAAAAAUGUGUGGGAAAUUAAUGCAUAUAUAUGUAUGUAUAAUACAGUGAUCAACCGAGUGAAUAAAUACGGAUGGAGGAAAAAUGCGCAAAAAUCUAGUGUAUGAGACUGAUAAAAACCGUUAGAUCCGCGACAUUAUUUACAAAUUUAUUAUAUCUUAGUUUAAAUAAUACGAUAAGACUAUUGUACUAAACAUAUAUGUAUAUAUACACACAUCUGCAAUAUUUGUCCUUAUAA